UGACUUUCGUAUUUAUUAAUGAAUAAUUAUUUCAGAAAAUGCGGGAAAAUGUCUGAAAUUUUACAAAAAACCUUUAACGUUCUUGUUGGUUCUGGGGAGGGGGUAGGAUGGGGGUCUCCCACCUCUUCCAACCCGCACUCCCUAUCUGGUUCCCUUGCUGCCACCCUGCGCCAGCUCGCCCUGGCACCCCUCAAGGAGGAAAAGGAACUGUGCAGGGUUCAGAUUGAGAACUGUGUAUCUAUCCUGUCUAACCCUGAAACAUCUCCAUCUACUACAGCUGAAUGCCUGGUAAAGGGCAUGUUUAUACAACUGAUGGGACAGGAUGCAUCCGGUCUACAGAUCUACGCUGUAAAGAUGGCACAAGCGUCAUCACUUUUACACAGGAAACUUGGAUACCUUGCAUCAUCUAUACUUAUACCUAACUCAAGUGAGUUGUUACUACUGCUAACUAACUGUGUUAUGCGGGAUAUCUGUAGUAAAAGUGUCCCCAGUAUUCUAACAGGUUUGAUAGCAGCCUGCAAUCUUAUCUGUGAUAACUCAAUCCUCUCUUUACUAACAGAUAAGGUUAUACAGUUGGUGAACUACAAGAACCAUCUAGUUAGGAACAAGGCCUUGAUAACCUUGGAUAGGUUCUGCUACAUCAGGGAGCCGGAUCCCGAGAUUGGAUUGGUCGGAUUAAGUCCUGUACUGCAUGUACAUCAACAAAUAAUAGAGAAUAGACUUCCUAAAGAUUUUACGUACAGGUAUAUUUACAUUUCCUAA